AGGGACGAGGCUGUCCAUUCUCACCUCUGCUAGUUUACUUUCUUUAAUAAGGAAAUAAUGCCUCUCUUUAUAAACCGUGACCAGAUAUUUGCACAUCAGGUCCACCUGCUGGAGCACAAACUGAGGAGUAAAGAGGAGCGAAUACUGGAGCUGGAGACAGAGAAUGCUAUUCUUCAUUUAAGACUUGCAGAGUGUCAGGGGAAACUCCGUCGGGACCAUGAUGAGGAAUCCAAGGCCCUUGAUGAUCAUCAGCACCAGAGGAGUGCACAGAAGAUAACACAAUCAGCCCUCGCCAAACUGCUCUCUGAGGUCCAGGCUGUGAAGCAGGACUUGAGCGAACUUUUCGCAGUUUAUCUGAGUUUUUCCACUGAGCUGGAGGAGCAGAGCAAACAGCUGCUGGAAAAAGUAGCGCAAGCCAGCUCUUCUCUAAACGGCCACCAUGGAGACGAGAUCCAGAACUUACAAGCUGGUGUUGCAGCUCUGGAGCGCUCUCUGGAGGAGGAGAGGGAGAGGUGCAGGGCCGAGAGGCAGAGGAGGAAAGAGCUCCAUAACGCACUGGUGGAGCUAAGGGGGAACAUCAGGGUUCACUGCAGAGUGCGACCAGUUCUACCCUUCGACCACGUCCAGCCCUCCACCUCUGGGUCAAAGCCUGCAUCAUCAGAAGAAGUGGUGUCUGUGAUCAGUGAUGACACGGUGACGGUGAAUUGCAUAAGAUCGGGGAUGCCAGUGCAAAACAAGAUGUUUGAGUUUGAGAGAGUGCAUGGACCAGAGGAUUCACAGGAUGCAGUGUUUGAGGAGGUCAAGCCGCUCCUCACGUCUCUGCUGGAUGGCUAUAAUGUGUGUAUCAUGGCGUACGGGCAGACAGGCAGCGGGAAGACUUACACCAUGAUGGGAUCCCAGCAGCUGGAGGAGCACUCAGGGACGCAGCAGGAGACACAGCAGGGUGUUAUUCCCAAGGCUGCAGCUGAGCUCUUUCGGCUGAUCUCUGAGAAGCCUGCAGAGAGCCACACAGUGGAGGUGUCAGUGAUGGAGGUGUACAACAAUGAGGUGCUCGACCUUCUGGCCAGAGACACGCAGGGCAAUGCCGCCGACCAGCGGCGGGACGUCAUCACUACCUCCUCUGGUACCAGCCAGGUCAUCUCCCUCACACAGGAGCCUGUGAGUAACGCCUCUGAGGUGAUGCAGAUCAUCAACAGUGUUCUGAAGCUCAGGGCUCACAGUCCCACCCUCAUCCACGCUGACUCCUCACGCUCUCACCUCAUUGUCACCCUCACCAUUUCCUCCAAGAGCCCCAACGCGCUGGCUCUGGCUCGCAGGCUACAGAGUGCCAAGAAGGACAUGCAGCGCUCCACUCAGAAGGAGUGGUGGAGCCCACGCUGUCGCCGUGCCAACCCCACUGCCCGCCAAUCAUCUGAUGAUCGUCUCUUCGCGAGCACAGCCUCCUCUCCCUGCUCCCCUUCCCAUUCUCCAUGUCCUUCCCCGAGGCCGAGCCUCUCACAAGCUCCGUUCAGGACCAAGCUGCAGCUGGUGGACUUGGCGGGGAGCGAGUGUGUCGGUAUGUCUGGAGUUUCGGGUGCAGCUCUGUGGGAGGUGUCCUGCAUAAACCGCAGUCUCUCUGCUCUGUCUGAUGUCCUGGGAGCUCUGGCUGAGCAGAGACCACACGUCCCCUAUAGGAACAGCAAACUCACUCAUCUGCUACAGGAUGCCAUAGGUGGCGAUGCCAAGCUGCUGGUGAUGCUGUGUGUCUCUCCCACGCAGCGCUUCAUCACAGAGUCUCUGCAGUCUCUGGGCUUCGGCACGCGGGCCCGUCAGGUCCAGAGGGAGCUUCCGCGAAGGAAGAAUAACACCCCCAAAGUUAAAUGACAAGACAGAGAAAGAGAUUUCAUCCUUUUCUAGAUGCCGUGGCAACAUGUGUUCUAUCAGUCAUGAAAACAGAGCAGAUUUGAGGGUGUAAGAUCCAUACUUGCAAAUUUGUUAUUUUUAUUUGAUAGAGUCUGUGGGCACUACUUAGUUUUAGAAGGUACUUUACAUGGAAAUAGAUUGAUUUGGUUAGAAUUGCUUAUAUAUGGUUUUUUUGUGUGUGUGUGGAAUAGAUAGCUGUCUAAAGCUGCAAAUACUUGUUCAAUCUCAAUUCCAAAAAAGUUGGGGCACUGGGUAAAAUGUAAAUAAAAACAGGAAGCAAUGAUGUGCAAAUGCUUUUUGACAUAUUCAAUUUAAUACAGUGCAAAGACAAGAUAUUUAAUGUUCAAACUGAUAAACUUUUUUUUGUGUUAAUAUGCACUCAGUCUGACUUUGAUGCCUGCAACACAUUCCAAAAACGUUGGGACAGGGGCCUGUUUACCACUGUGUUACAUCAUCUUUCCUUUUUAACAACACUCAGCAAGUGUUUAGGAGCUGAGGACACUACUGACGCUUCGAAAGUGAAAUUCUUUCCCAUUACUGCUCGAUAUACGACCUCAGAUGUUCAACACUCCCGGGUGUCUGUUGUUGUAUUUUACACUUCAUAAUGCGCCACACAUGUUCAAUAGGAGACUGGACUGGCCAGUCCAGUAACCGCACUCUGUUACUGUGAGGCCACGCUGUUGUUACGUACAGAAAGUGGUUUGGCAUUGCAUUGCUGGAACAAUCGGGGACAUCUCUGAGAAAGACGUCAUCUGGAUGGCAGCAUAUGUUGCUCCUAAACCUCUAUUUACCAUUCAGCAUUCAUGGUGCCUUCACAGAUGUGCAACUUAGCUACCCAUGAUGCCACAGGCACUUACUCACUCCCAUACCAUCACAGAUGCUGGCUUUGAACUUAGUGCUGGUAACAAUCUGGAUGUUCCUUUUCCUCUUUAACCAAGAGGACAUGCCGUCUAUGAUUUCCGAAAACAGUUGUGGACAUAUGGACUCAUCAGACCACAGCACAUAUUUUCACUUUGUGUCAGUUCAUCUCAGAUGAGCUCAGGCCCAAAGAAGUUGUUGAUAUAUGAGUUUCACUUUGCAUGGUAGAGUCUGAACUUGCAGUUGUAGAUGCAACAACAAACUGUGUUUACAGACAGUUAUUUUCCAUUUUUUUGGAACACAUUGCAGGCAUCAAAUUCAGUCGUGCGUAGUGUAUAUUUACAGAAAAACAAUUAAGGUAAUCAUUUUGAACAUUAUUGUCUUGUCUUUGUACUGUAUUCAGCUGAAUAUAGGUUGAAAAAUAUUUGCAAAUUUUACAUAGAGUCCCAGCUUUUUUGGAAUUGGGGUUGUUUGAUGCUAUAAUCUAAAGCCCAGUUCAGACCAAAGAUUUGUGACGAGAUGAGUUAAAACUUGCGGUGAGUUAAAAAUGCGCCCUUCUGCAAUGUUGUAAAAGCCUGCCGGUUCACACCAGUGCAACUAGACAAGAUGGUGUAUCAUCUCUAUGCAACAACUCUCCGUACUUCUGUUUUCAGCUUUUCAGGCUUAUUUUGUGGCUGAAUAUGAUUUGUAACUUCUUGAAAUAUGAAUGAGGAUAGUGAUAGUCAGAUACUGGCUACAGCUGCAUUUGUAGUAGUGAUGAAACGGCGAAAAACAGAAACAAACGGAGCAUCAGACGGACUGUAUUCAUAAUCAAUAUGUUACAAUGAUUGACAUAACCAGUGGAAAUUAAUCAGACAAUGAGAAUGUGUGCAAGCGAGCAGCAGCUGCAACCUACUGCCUGACACUGGCACACCAUGAGGAUGGAAACAGAGGGCUCGGACCAGCUGACUUAACUACAAGCUGAUUGGCUGUAGAAACAGGUGACGUGCUUUACGUUCUACAACCAGUCGCCUAAAACGGUUUCGUCUCGUCUUGAAUCUUUGGUCUGAACUGGGCUUUAAACACAUUAUUAAUGUGUGAAAAACCCCAAUUACAUGGUGAUUAUGAAUGAGAAUGACAUUACUGAUGGUUGCGUAAUGGUAAAUCAAUUUAGUAUAAAAUAUUUUUUUAUAUCCACCUCCAUUAAGCAUUAGAUCAUGCCAAAAGUUACUAGUCCUGUAUCUGCAAAGGCUUCCUGACUGAAGUAGUCUUGCUGCUCAUGCCUUCUUUCUUUUAGUGUUCAGGUGCAGUCAUGUUUAUGCAGUGUUUAUACAUGUUUUGAUGUACUCUGUAAGCAUCACCUGUCUUUGGUUACACAUUACAAACCUUUG